AUGGUGCCUUGCAUGUGUUCUCUAGCCCAGGAGUCUGAGCCUGACCUUAAAUAUGGGGCUGCGGAAGGCAAGCCUCUAAGUGACCUGAGGAACAUGGCCAAAGAAGCUGGGGAAGAAUGCCCUUUCUUUACACCUCCCAGAGGAGAGACGUUAGACCAGGUGGAAAUUCAUGGAAAACAGUUUUUUGAAUUUCUGUGUCAGCUAAUCCUGAAAGAAGCAGAUCAAAAGCAACGGUUUUCUACAGGAGCUCCAAGCAACAAUCUAGAAACUUCUUUGGCAGAGAUAUUUCCUUUAGAAACAAACUACAACUCUGAAGUUAAUUCCGACAGUGGCGCUCCAGGAUUAGUGGCCAGUGUCUUAGUCGUGAGUCAUGGUGCUUACAUGAGAAGCCUGUUUGGUUAUUUUCUGACUGACCUUAAGUGUUCCUUGCCAGCAUCUCUGAGAAAAUUUGAACUUUCGUCAGUCAGUCCCAAUACUGGGAUUAGUCUCUUCAUCAUAAGCUUUGAGAAAGGAAAAGAACCUACACCGAAGUGUGUUUGUAUGAACCUACAGGAUCAUCUAAAUGAAGUGACCAAAACACUCUCAGUUUAGAUCUGCGUCAAAAUUCUAACAGUUUUGAGCUUCUGAAGGGAGGGCCUUUGGCUUGCUUUAUUUCCGUCCUUUGCUAGUGCUAAUUUGGAAAUAGUUAAAAAUCAUAUUAUAAACUCUUCUGGAAUGUCAGCCACAUCACACAGUAGUGGAAAGCCAUUUAGAAUUGACUUAUGUUGUCUUGAGUGCAGCCUGCGUUUUCCACCCUGCUUUUGAUCUCAUCUCUGAGUGAUAAAUGGAAGGAACUCAGUGUUGCAAGUUGGGGGAUUCACAUCCUUAUUAUAGAAAAUUUUUCCCCUUUUAAAAAAUGUUUGUUUGUGUGUUUGUUCUUUAAUGAAAAAAAUUAGCCUAUUUGAUUGAUUGAUUCUUGGUAAGAUAAUGUAUAUUUUUUACUAUCACAUCCAAGUCUUGAAAGAACUAUUUAUAUUUCCCAUUGCAUAUUUAUAGUUACUGUUAUAUUUUGAAAGAAAAGUUCUUUAAAUGGAAAAUUCAUACCAUUAUAAGUCUCUAUAUAAAGUAAAAUGAUAAAAUGACACUAAAAUCUUUUACUUAGAAACAAGCUGUUGGAUUUUUGUUGUUGUUGUUGUUCAAGAGGGCUUGAAAUGUAGAUGAAUGCAGAUUAUGAGUGCAGAGCAACCUGGGGGAGGAGGUGAAGACAUCAUUUGACUAAAACACAUCACAGAUGGAAGCUCUGGGCAGAAGGUAAAAGAGCAGUGUGCUCUUCUAUCUUGCAAAACACAAAGUCAGUGGAAGCCAAGAAAGUCCCCAAAAGAAGUUUGACUCAGAGAGUAAAGACCACUAUCCACUUGCUUCUUCUUUAACCUAUAGGCUGAAGAAUUUCCAGUUUGGGGAAGGCUCCAGAGAAAGGGAACUAUCAACUAUGUGGGAACCUCAGAACCUAGAGGGAGCUUCAUUGAAAAGCAUGGGGCAACUGUGGUUUUUGGUGGAAGGUACAAAUGAAGUUAUCUCUGCCUUCCACUAGAUGGCGAUGGAGGAAAGGAAUUUUGACUAACCUAAUUUGGACAUCAGCUUGAUCCUUCAAAAGUCCUUGUCUAAAUGAAGGCAGUGUCUUACAUGUAGUUUGCUUUUAAGUAAUCAUGUUGCUGAGUGCCAUAAAUUUUAGCUUACAAGAGGAUGAAUGCUAAGCCUGUUAGUUAAGGCUAAGAUCACUUUUGGCUGAUAUCUCCUUUGAAUAUCAUUUAAAUCUUUUGUAAAGUUGUAUAUUUCAGCAUUCUCUGUGUGUCCACACUACCAUGUUUUCUGCCAGAUCGGAAACAGGGCGUGGAUUUGAGCACUGGAGCAAGUACACUCGAAAUAAGUACUUGAAAUGAUAACCUAAAAGAACAAAUAAUAUCCUCAUUCUCACCGUCCCCAAGUAAUUCCUUUCUCUUUUCUUUUUCCUCCAAAGAAAUAAAACAUUGAGAUGUAAGAAGAGUUUCCUUUAAUUAAUUCUCACAGUGCUGUUCCCCUGCAGAGGUGACCACUGCAGUGAGUGAGUGAAUGUGUUCAUCUCUUCUUCUCGUGUUCACCCCGUGUCUGUGAUGCAGCAGUAUUGUUUGGUGCUUUAGAAAUGUACAUGAAUAUCAUCGAGCUGUCUGUGUUCUUUAUUUUUACCUAUUCUGUGUUGGGACACUCUCUAUGUUGAUAUAUAUAGACCUAGUUAAUUAUAACCACUGUACUCUCAUGAAUAAAUAUAGCACAUGUGGUUUAUUAUUCUA